AAUGAGGAGGGUGAAGGUGAGCCCAGUCGUCCAACACCUCCAGUCACUGCAGAAAAUCAACCUGCACCUCCGCGUAUUAUAACACCCGCCGAUGGUGUUCAAGGUGGACCUGGAUCUGGUGUCGGUGGGCUUCAAGACAUCACUAUUAAGGCAGGUCAAGAACUCCGAAUGCCGGUGGCCUGGUUUGGUCAUCCACCACCGACAGCCACAUGGCUCCAAAAUGGUGAACCAGUAAAACCUGGCGGAGAGCGAAAUAUUUCUAUGACAACGGAACCGCAGCCUCGUUCCACUGAACCUUUGGUUGGUGGAGCGUUGGAGGAAGAACCGGGCGGUACUUCAGUGCUUCGUGUGCCUAAAGCCUCACGAGCCGACUCAGGAGAAUGGCAAGUGGUACUUAAGAACGAUCUUGGACAGACAACCUCUUCUUGCAGAGUCGUAGUCCUUGGUGAGAAUCCUUUCGUCAUUUUUCGUAUCAUGAGUUACAAUGACUGUCAAUUUGAGUUGAGCCUGGAAUUGGGCAACACUGAGUUGGAUAUUCUUCCUGUCGACCAUAAUUCUGGGAAUAAUUUUCUUCAAAUAGGGAAGCCUAGUGACAUCUAA